AUGGCUGCAAACAAAACGAAUCUCUUAUUGCUUCUUCUCUCUCUCUCUCUCACCCUAAACCUCACCUCCGCUCAACUCCGUCGCAACUUCUACGCCGGAAGUUGUCCCAACGUCGAACAAAUCGUCAGAAACGCCGUUCAACUAAAGUUCCAACAAACUUUCACCACCAUUCCGGCCACUCUCCGCCUCUAUUUCCACGAUUGUUUCGUAAACGGUUGUGAUGCUUCGGUGAUGAUAGCUUCGACAAAUAAUAACAAGGCGGAGAAAGAUCAUCCGGAUAAUUUAUCUCUGGCCGGAGAUGGAUUCGACACCGUGAUCAAAGCUAAACAAGCUGUUGACGCCGUCGCAACUUGUCGUAACAAAGUUUCUUGCGCCGAUAUUCUCACGAUGUCCACUCGUGACGUCGUUAAUCUCGCGGGUGGACCAAAAUAUGAAGUCGAAUUGGGAAGGCUUGACGGACUAUCUUCGACGGCGUCUAGCGUAGAAGGGAAGCUACCGCAUCCAACGGACGACGUCAACAAACUCACUUCACUUUUCGCCAAAAACGGCCUUAGCCUUAACGACAUGAUCGCUCUUUCCGGGGCACACACAUUGGGAUUCGCUCAUUGCACCAAAGUGUUCAACAGGAUUUACAGUUUCAACAAGACAACCAAAGUGGAUCCCACAGUUAACAAAGCUUACGUGGCAGAAUUACAAGCGUCGUGUCCUCAAAGCGUAGAUCCAAGAGUGGCUAUCAACAUGGACCCGACAACACCUAGACAAUUCGACAACGUUUACUACAAGAACUUGCAACAAGGGAAAGGAUUGUUCACGUCCGAUCAAGUUUUGUUCACCGAUCGUCGGUCAAAGCCUACCGUUGACUUGUGGGCUAGUAAUGGAAACUUAUUCAAUCAAGCUUUUGUGAACUCCAUGAUCAAACUUGGUCGUGUUGGCGUUAAAACUGGUCGUAAUGGUAACAUCCGUAGUGAUUGCGGAGCUUUUAACUGA